AUGAGCUUGUCGGGUCAUAAAGGGUGGCUGCCGCGUGAAGGUUUCACGGCGGACGUCGUCGGGCGCAUCCUGUCUUCCACUCUCCUGGCACCAUCGGUGACGAUACCUCUAUUGCUCGUCGCUAAUUACACCGCCAAAGGAAAGGAGCUGAUCGCUGAGCGACCUCGCGUGUUUACUGCGUUGAAGGCACUCGUAUCAAUCGGCCUGCUAGGCGCCGUGAACGGCUGGCUUAACCGUCGUGCUCUAAACAACUGGGUUUCCGACGAAUUUGUCUGGAGGCGGGAAAUUGCCUUGAUCACUGGUGGCAGCGAUGGCAUCGGACAGCGAAUUGCUCUCCUCCUUGCCCGCCGCGGUCUCAAGGUUGUUGUCCUUGACGUCCAGCCGCUGAAAUAUCAAGCACCAGCAAACAUCACUUUCUACAAGUGUGACAUCACCUCCACCGCGGCCGUCGCUGCGACAGCUGCAGAAAUCCGCGCAGACGUUGGCGAACCAACCAUCAUCGUCAAUAAUGCCGGCAUUCUGAGGACGCGACCUCUGCUUCAAGGAACGGAGGCGGAGACCCGACUUGCCUUUGAGGUUAACACUCUCUCGCACUAUGUAAUGGCGCGUGAGUUCCUGCCCUGCCUGAUCCGCCAGAACCAUGGGAUGCUGGUGACGGUGGCUUCACAGGCUGCACACGUCGCAUGCGCCAGUAUGGUUGACUACGCCGGCACCAAGGCCGCUGCAUUGGCUUUCCACGAAGGUAUCGCUAGUGAGAUGAAGAUACGAUACAAAGCCCCCAAAGUACGCACAGUAGUCAUUGAGCCAGGUUUCUGCAAAACAAGCCUCAUCGAUGGCAUGUCAUCGGAGGAUUCAUGGUUCCACCCGCUUCUUCACCCUGACACGGUUGCAGAACGGACGGUUGAGCAGAUAUUGACCGGAUCUACUCGUCUGCCCCUGCCGGCAGCCAACCACGGAUUCUUCCCGGCCGCUCAGCCGUGGGUCGACUUGUUUACCGUUUACCAGCCACCGGACAACCAGCUUCAGGUCGGUAAACAAACACCAAAGUCGACGUUCUCACUACCACGACCACACACCCUCUCUCAGGCUGUCUCGUCCAGCGGCCGGCUCCAAUUCACACUCAAGAUGUUUAGAAGCCUUCUGGGAACGCAGUCGAGCAGUCGAUCGUCGGGCUCUAAAUCAUCUAGCCGCCACCGACAUCGUCGAGACCGCGACGACGACGACGAUGAUGACAGCCGCUCAAAAACUUCAUCGCACUCUCACCACCGUAAAUCCUCACGCCAUAGCUCGUCCUCCUUGGUACACAAGUCCUCACGAAGUGACGAUCGUGAUGCGGACAGACAUUCGAGUUCGAGGCGAUCCUCGCGACGACACGAGGAUCAAGAUGAUGGCGCACGAUCCAUUGUAGCAGCCAGUGAGGUAGCCUCUGAGGCUCCUUCGCGUACAUUGGAUGGUGCGAGAAGUGUGAUUGGUGAUGACCCUGAUGACCAUUACAGAGAGCGGAGGUCUCGCAGGAGACGACAUGAUGAGGACGUGGAAGAAGAUUCGCGAGACACACCACGUCGCGAGAGAGAUAGAUAUACCGACGAACGGAGGUACCGUGAUGAUGCUCCUUCUACUGUGGGAUCGGAUUUAUGGGACACAUCACGACGGGAUAGAGAUACCCUCCCAGGCGAACGAAGACGCCGCGAUGAUAUUUCUUCGACAACAGAACCAGAUAUAUCAAGACGGGACAAAGACCGAUACGACGAUGAUGAUAGGAGAAGAAGUCGACGGCAUGAAGAAAUAAAACCCGAUGAGAGAUACGAACCAUCUGCACGCUCUGAGCGACGUAGCAGGACUCUAAAUGAUCGAGGCAUCUCUGACGACCAGCCCAUCGAGCCAGCUAGCCGGGGUCGAGCUGGUACUUCUGGUAACGAGACGACGCGCUCUCCUUUAUACCCUACUGAUACCAACUACCCUCUACCUUCGACAUCUGGUCCUGGCUCCCUACCACAACAUCAAUCUAACUACCAUCCAACAUCGGGUUCCUAUCCACCCCCAGAGGGCUCGCAACUGCCGCAAACGAUCGGUUCAGCGGCUGAAUACUACGGCGACCAGGGCCAGUCUGUUCCCAGCCAGCCCGGAUUCACACCGAGCGCCAUCUCCCCCUCCCCAGGACCUGAAUACGGGCCUCCCACCAUGACACAGUAUGAACAGCACGGGGAUGGGCCGCAUGGGCCGCCUCAACCUAGCACUGGUGCCGGUGUGAUGGGAGGAAUGGCUGCCGGAGCCGCUGGCUAUGGUAUUUCUUCAGCCAUGUCUGGAGGAUUGCCUCAUACCGGGCCUUCUAACAUGUCACCUACCAUGCCAGGAAGCAUGCCAUCUGAUAUGCCAUCUAACGCGAUGCCCGGGAAUUACCACGAAUCUCCAACCGCUUAUGCACCACCAGCAUAUCCCGAGACUCAGCCUCAACAUCAUUCAUCUUCGAAUCACCAUUCAUCAUCACAUCACCAGUCAUCCUCACACGGUGGGCUUGCUGCUCUUGGAGCAACGGCUGGUCUCGCAGCUGCAGCUGGCCUAGCAGCAAACGCGCACCACAACUCGCACCACAAUUCUCACUACAACACAAAUCACAAUUCACACAACUACGGCGCCUCGCAACUAAGCUCGCACCAUAUGCCCCAGCAACAAGAGAUUGGAGGUUUUCAACAAGGAACUCUGGCAUAUCAUAAGCGCCACCAUGGGCCCCUUAGCAAGUUUGUUGACUUUUGGCGAGACCCCGAAGGCGUGGCACAGUUUGAAGAAUAUUCAGAAAUCACAGGGAUUUGCAAGUACUGCUUCGAGCCAGGAACAACCUCUCGUGAUGCACCACGCAAGCAUCGAUAUAGGCGAAGACCUUCCAAUGAAAGUUUUGGUGGUAGGUCUAGAGUUGAUAAGCUCAGUCGCUAUGGCUCCUCCGAGGAUGAGGGUCACCACAAAAGCUCGAACCGCAAAUCUUGGCUUGCUGCUGGUUUAGCUGCCUAUGUGGGCAAGACACUCUUUGAUAAGAGGAAGAAGGACCGUCGUGAUCGGUCUCCGUCCAUUCGCCGUACAAAAUCAUCAUCAACCUCGAGCAUAGGAGGACCUAAAACCGCUUCUUACGGACAGACCGCUAUAUCAGAUCGCUCUUACCCACCUUCUACUAUAGCAGGCGGGCAGAGAAUUGAUAGGUAUGAUUCUAGAAGCGAUUUUUCCAAGUCAUCCGUGUCAGGCCAUUCGAGGUCUAAGUCCGAAGGAUACCUCCUACGCGAUAGAUCACGCUCGUCGUCUGGUGACCGUAAAUCUAGGUCUGGUCUGAAGACUGCGGCUAUCACAGCGGGAGCGCUUGGUACGGCGGCAGCGGUAUCGUCGAUGGGCCACGGACACAAGGAGAGACGGGUACGUGGUGGUAGUAGGAGCAGGUCACCUAGGAAACCUCGUCGACGAUACUCGUCUUCUAGCUCCUCCAUUAUCGACAUAUCACGGCCUCCUGCUAGGAAAGGGUUAGCCAGCUUCUCAACCUUCUUUAGCGCGCCCUCAGAGAAAUCCAGAACCCGUCGUGCCAGUCCUCGCAAGAGACAAAAGGGAUUUUUCGGCCUUGGAUCAACGUAUUCGUCGUCAGAUGACGGUGACCUUGCAUUUGGCUCCGGUUUCCUUAAAUCACGGACUCCGAAAAAGGGAAAGGGCCGGAAGCGUGAUGAGAAUAUUGAUGCGAAGCUCCUAGGCCUGGGUGCUACUGCAGCUGGGCUUGCAGCUACAGCCUCCAUCGCAAAUGGUAGGCGACAGCAUGGCCUCGUGGCAGUCAAGGAACGAAAAUCGAACAACAAGCACAAAACUUCUGCAGAUGACAACUGGGAAUCUGUAUCAGAUGAGUCCUCUUCAGGGUACUCAGGUCUAGCAUACGGAGGACCGUCAUCACGUAGCCGAGACUCGUUCACAUCAGACUCCGGGACUUCGAAAUGGGGAUGGCGCUGGGGGAAUUCCCGAAAAAAGAGACGACAAUCUCCAACCCUCCCCUAUAAACCUGAUACAAACGGACGAAAUUCCCAAGCCUCAUAUCCUCCGCCCUCCAGCAGCUUCACCAGCCUUCCUUCCAUGCAAAAUGUGGAGCCAAUCCCAGCUUCCGAACAAUCUUCCACGCAACCCUCCCGCAACCCGCGCCAUUCCUCCUCAACUGGUAUUCCAAUAUCAUCCUAUGACACGACAAGCCCGAUGUAUAUCUCCCAUUCCCAACCCACCGAAGUCGACCAGCCAAAACCCGUAGCUCCUAUCUCUAGCUCACUCUACUCUCACACGGAGCCCGAAGCCGCAAAAUCGAAGCAUGUCUUUAAAGAAAUUGCACCAGCGGCUGCAGCUGCAGUGGCUGGCGCGGCAUUGAUUGGGACCGCACAUGAAUAUUACACCGACCACCCUCUGAAAGACUCUGUAGGGAGUAUACCAGCAGAGCAACACCAGACUAAGGAUAUCGUUUCACCACUAGUCCCAUCACCCGGGAGUAGUCGAGAGCACUAUGAUACUAAACUCCCCAAGGAGACGGUUAGUGGUAUAGGCGCAGACAAGUAUCGGAAAAAGGAAGCAAUACCAGCUGCACCUAUUUCCUUACCGGGAAAAUACGAUCAUGAGCCAGUGGCGGGCUUUUCUGGUGAUAUAGGAACAGGUGUGGAUAAAACUAGAAAAAGGAGAGACCAUUUUGACGAUAGUGAUUUACCAGCGAAGAAGAUGGAACGCAGAAGGCGAGAUUCUUCCCCAGUCCUCAGCAGCCAGCAAUCCUAUAUCUCAAGAUCGGACCUACCCAAACGCAGCUCGACGAUCAAAGGCGUCCAAUUCGAAUUGACAAAAGAACAGCAAGAUAAAGAGAUGCGUCAGCUAGAGCUGGACGGCAGGAGAGAGCCCCGACGAUACCAACGGGACGACGAGCCUGUGUCAGACUCAGAGAUCCGGAUAACCAAACCCAAGCGCUCUCGCCGCCGUGAGGGAAGGGACAUUUCCCCGCCACCCGCGGAAACAUUUGAGGACCAGCUAAGUGAAAAGGACACUGGCUCAUCUCAUCCAUGGGCUCUGCCUACAGGAGUUGCUAUCCCUGUCACCGCGGCCGCCGCUGCAUUCGCAGCUGAUCACAUAUCGGAUGCUCAAAAGCGUAAAAAAGAAGAGCCCCCCGAAGAGCGUCGCAGAGACCGCGGUAGCUACCCCGAAUCUGACAUGGGAUCAUCAACGGCAUCAGGGAAGCGUUUCGACCUUCCUGAUGAUGAUAUCGUUGUAGAGCCUGAGGAGGUAGUCAAGAAACCAACCCGAAAGCCCAGAAGCAAGCCAACUUAUGAAAGCUAUGCCGACUACUUCGCUCCCCCGGAGCUUCGCCGUGAAUCUAGCGCUGAGUCAAUCCCUGAUUCGACGCCGACAGCUACAUCGGGAGCUGCAAAAUUCCGUGUCAUUAAACCCCGUGGCGCGGGACUUGAUAGUGAAGCGCUGCAGGAUGAGCCAGUCAAGAGUACAAACUUACCAUGGCCAGUUCCCCAUUUGAAUGUAAUUGAGCCGACGCCGCCUCAUAGCAGAACCAGUUCCAUUUUGGGAGAUGCCAGCGAGCCAAAGGAACGCGUUGCGGACCCUGUCGUCAUUGUCCCCGAGCCAUCCGCCGUUCACAAUGAUAGAGACAUUGGAGAUAUUGUAGAGCGUGGUGUUCGCGACCCGAAACGGGAUGCAGAUGUAGAGGACAUUGCCAUCCCUACAACUAUUGUGCCUGACGUUGUGGGAGCAUCUAAAAAAUUGGAUGACCAUGAGGAUAUCGAGGUUGUGCCGCGAAAGGUUGGCUCCUACCAGCCUGAAUCUAGUCCUGAUACUUCUUCACCCCCUCACCAUAUGCCUGGUGAAUUUGCCGACGAUAUCGACUUCGCAGCUACUCUUGCUGCUGGUGCUGCCAUGUCAGGUUUUGACCCUGCUAUUGUCACGGAUAACCCAACUUAUCACCGCCGUGUUUCGCCUCCUGGAUCAGAAAGCGAGGAUGGCCUUGGUGGUAUUCGUGAUGAGACGCCAGUAUCCCCCGUUCGAGGUUUUGUUGAAGGAGAAUCCCUACCUACGUCUGACAACGAGGCCGAGAAGGAUUAUUACUCUAAGCGCAAUGAUUCUUUUUACCGAAACAUGGAUGCCUCGACGCAACCGCUACCAGAGCAUGCCUAUCAAGAAAUGGAAACCGCUCAGCCUGAAGAGACCUCUAGCCGCGAAAUACCUGAAAUAUCACCUGGGAAGCUUAGCAAGAAAGACAAGAAAAAACAGAAAGCUGCUAAGAAGAAGGACAAGUCUUCCGGUCAGAAGUCAUUUGAGCCGGAUUGGGAAGAAGGGUCUGCCUACGCUCAAUCGAAACCCUCAGAAGAAUUUUCUCACCUGGUGGAAGCCGCGCCUAUUGAUGAACCAAAACCCGUGGGCAGAAACUUGUUUGAUGUGGAAGAUGCCCCAAGCCAGGAUCGCCGUGGUAUGAAUUUCGAGGAAGCAGUAGAUGAUCGCAAAGGAAAAUCUGCAUACCGGCCUGAGACAUGGCAAGACGCUGAAGAGGAUAUGGCACCUUCAUCUUUGCCUUUGGCCGAUAAUGAGCAUGUUCAAAUAACCCCGGCGAGUAACGGCUCGUCAGCCCGCAAUGUUGGAGAUCGUGAGAUCGAUAAUCGCUCUCACUCUUCAAUGCCAGGGGACUUUGAUGACGUUUGGGCUGACGACGGUACCGCCGACCGAGGAGAUGGUUCUCUCCCUACACCUGCGGAGCCUAUCCCAGCAGAAGAUCCUGAGUUUACUACCGCGCAAAAGUCAAAGAAGUCAAAGGGGAAAAGUAAACGCCGCACCACCGAGGAGGACGAUAUAUUCGCCGAUGAGUUCGUGGAGCCCAGUACUCGCGAUGUAGAAAUAGACGACUCUCUUGACCGCAACACCCAACCUAGUGCUCCAAUGUCAAUCCACGAGGACGAAGGGCUAGAAAGAGGAAAGUCUAAGUCAAAACGCCGCUCAAAACGAUAUAGCGAACUGAUCGAAUCCCAGUCUGAUGUUGUUGGGAGCUCCAGGCCGAAAGAUGACGACGCAUCAAUAGUUUCUUCGUCGCGAGCUAAAUCUGAGACAGCAAAAGAUUACUCAAAUGGUAACGAGAAAAGAUCUGGAGGCCUUUUCGGACUGUUCGGUUCCUCCUCCACCAGCAAUAAGGAGAAGCAUUCAAAAGAGAGAGACCGAUCACCUGCCCCGUCUGAAAUUUCAACAAGCUCAAAGAAAAAGAAGAAGUCGAAAAAAGAUCGCCGUGCUGACGACGAUGAAAUCAAGCCAGAUGACAAUGACCUAGCCACCUCACGAGAUAUCGAGCCAGUAAAUCUAGAUGACGCGGAUUUUGAGGAUCAACAAAAGCAAAAGAGUAAAGACCGGAAAAAGAGUCGUAAAAGUCGAUAUGAACAAAUCGUUGAGUCUGGAAAAGCAAGUGAUGACGAAGACAAGAUUCGCCAUGACACCCGUAGUGCUAAACAACAAGAGGACGAACCUUCACAGAGUGAUCGAACAUCGAGGUCUUUUUUAGGAGGUAGCCCUGAAAUACCGUCCGUUCCCGGUGGUACUUUGGGGCACGACUCUACUCCUGCUGGCGGAGAGCCCGCAAGCAGCAUUCCGACCCCUGGGACAGCAGUUCCUUUGCAGCUGAACUUACCAUCUCGUGGCCGAAGCCGCUCGGUUUGCCCGCUGCCUGGCGAGAAAAUUGUCGACCUUCCUGCUCAAUCCGUCAGCCGGCCUUCGUCUCAAUCACGUUCACCACCAGAUACUGCAAAACGAGUAUCGUGGCGCGGGGGCUUCAGUUUCGGCGACUUCAACAGUUCUCCGACUGCCAUCCCUAUACAACUUCGCCGGCCACCUUCAACCCCUGAUAGAUCAGCCCAUGACACCCAAAUUUCUCCAAGCAGGCCGAAAUCAGGACACAAGCGGCCCAAGUCUACUGAGUUUAAGACGAAUCGUGAGUUUAGACCAUUAUGGCUUGUCGAACGACACACCAGUAAAGCCGAACAGCCGGUGGAGGAAUCAUACCCCUCCCUGCCUUCAAGUAGAUCCACGUCUCGAAUGUCAUCGGUUGAAGAUUUACGGGCCGCUGCUCUUGAUGGCGAAGGAUCUACGGAUUUCUUUUCAACCCCAAGGCGCCGACCAUCAUUACAAGUUGCUACUGACCAUCCUUCUUUUGAUGCAGAUAUUUUGGGUUCCCAGCAAGCCACGCCCACUGCGGCCACAUUUAAACGACAAGAUGCAGAACGAAAGGAGAAACCGAAGUAUGAAUUCCACUCCCCAUCGGAGCUCCUGGAGGACCCAAUGCUCAACGUGGAAAUACCUCGAUCCAUGCCAGACGAGGCACCACAGUCGCCUGAAGGUACUGCAAUACAUGAUGACGAUGUUGGUAUGGGGUUGCAUUAUAUGGACCUGCAGAACUUGCCGCCUUUGCCUGCUUCGCCGGUCGAAGAAGACCUCCCAGUGCUACGGGAGGCUCCUGCUUUAGAUGAAACUUCUGACGUUGAUGAGGGUGUCUCGGCGCCUUCAAGCUCUGAAACUAAUGAUAAAGGCGAGAGUAUUUCAGAAGCAGCAGCAGAGACAAUUUCUACCGAACAGCUUCCACCACUUCCCGACAGCCGCCCAAGCAGCCCCGAUGCCGACAAAGAUGUGGAUAAUGACAUGAUCCCUGAAGAUAUCGACCGUUCUUUGACACCACAGCCGACGCAUCGUGCUGUUGAAGAGGUUUCCUAUGAAACACCCGCUGAAGGCUCAACUUCAGAUACAGCCCCUGUUACCCCUACGGAAAUCCCACUAGCUUACCGUGGUGGUGAGGCUAGCGAAUAUGAAUCAGUCGACGAGGACCACUUCGUAGAUGCCAGCAGCCAGGCGCCCAUGAGCCCAUCCUAUCAAAGAGAGUUACACUCGCCAACUACUCCUACUCGCUUGGCAUCCGAUCACGAACUGCCCGAGGAGAGCGGCAUUGUCACACCUAGCGCUGAGUUUUCGACCCCUGUUGCACCAAAUGAAGAGUCUAUAUCCAAAGACAUCGACCUUGAGUCCAUCGGAACUGCAUAUAAAGACGACGGAGAUCAAAAGCAGCCUGAAUCUGAGGCUGCGAAAGAAGAAGCCCAGGCACCCGAACUCUCAAUGCCAUCAAAAUCUAAAAAGGGCAAGAAAAAGAAGCGGAAGGAUCGCAAUGCGGAGGCUGUUGUUACUGCAUCACCUGUAGAGCCUGAGAUUACAGUUGCUGAAGAACCGAGUACUGGGCCUGUCGCCGAGAUUGAAGCUGAGAGAGAAGUGCCCCUAGAUAGCUCACCGGACUCAAUCCCUGUCACGAAUCCUGAUCAACGCCCAACCGAAGAGGCUGCCUCCAGUACUUUUGCUGAAGAAACCAAGUUAGAGCCGGUGGAAUCUGAACCCGUCGAGCCUGAAUCAGUUGAAUCUGGACCCGUUGAACCCAAAACUGUCGAACCUGAACCCGUCGAGCCUGAAUCAGUCGAAUCUGAACCUGUCGAAUUCAAAACUGUCGAGCCUGAACCCGGCGAGCCUGAAUCAGUUGAACCUGAACCUGUCGAACCCAAAACUGUCGAACCUGAAUCUGUCGAACCCGAGCCUGCAGUACCUGAACCCGUUCUUGAAUCAACUGCGAAAUCCAAGAGCAAGAAGGGCAAAAAUAAGAAAGGCCGAAAGAAUAAAGCUGUGGUAGAAGAGCCUGUUGUGGUAGAGCCUGCUGAAGAGCCUAGCAAGGAACCCGAGGUGCCUCCGUUCUUCAUCUCUACUCCACCAACAGAAGAAAAAGUAGUUGAAGACCAGGGCCAAGAUUUGGAGGCUCCAAUGAGAGAUGUUGAUGAUCAAACAGACAAGCCUGCCUUUGACAUGCAUCAGAAUUUUCAACGUGAUAUCCAAGACGGCGCGGAUGUUAUCCCCGAAGCAAAAAGUAGCCCUCCAGAAAUGGAAAAAGUUCCAAUAGCGGGUGACUCUGCCGGUCCAAUCAUUAACCCUCUUGAGGAAGCAGAAGUUGUCAUUGACCCUGAGCAUCAUGUCUCGGACGUCUUUGAGGAACCUCAUCAUGGUCAUGCAGUGGAGCAUGAAGCCCCAAGUCAACGUGAUUUGCCUUUGGGGGUAGACUCUACUUUAGAAGAAGCUCGUGCAGAAGACACUCCUCUACCCGAGGUGGAUCUUGAUGAAAUCAAUGCCCUCAAAUUUGUCCAUGAAGAACCUGGGCUAGCUGUAACAUCGGUGCAGCUAGAAGAUCCUCCAAAUGAGCCAGCAAUGUCUCUACCUCACAGUCCGCAUCAAAACGCACAGGAUAUCCCACUACCACUACCAGAUCUCGAUGAAGCGAAUAUUUUAGAAGAAAUCAGCCAAGUAGCCGCGGAGGAGCCCACGCAAUUGGACGAUUCUUUAAUGAAUUCGUUAGCUUCCUCGCACCAUGACCAGCUGCCGAUCAAAGACUAUUCGCUUCAUAGGGACGUCGAUGCGAGAGACUUCAGUGAUGAAGUACCGUUAGAUACCACCACCGUUGGAGAACCCGCUUCGACCUCUUCCGGUUACACUAAGGAGCCUGAGAUUCAAGCAUUGGAAUCUUCUUCUACUACAGAGGCGCGUGAAACUCUAGAGGAUAUAGUGGUUGGUAGUCGCUCUCCCGAUCUUGCACCAAGUAACCAAAUAGACGAGAAAGGCGACCAAAGUGAAACCGAUAUGUUCUUUGACACCGUUCAAGAUGUGGAUGCGCCGGCCAAGCUUGCAACCCCGGAUGAGUUGGCGGAUGAAGAGCCGGAACCCACCCCUGCUGAUAGACCUGGAGAGACAGCAGAGCCGGAACCUAAACAAAAGAAGAAGAAAGGAAAGAAGGCCAAAAAGGACCGCAAAAAUGCCACUCCUCCUGAUGUUGAAACACCUACACCUGCGGAACCCACCGCAGAAACUUCUGAAAUACCGGUGAGAUCCAAUGACGCCGAGGAUGCUCUGGUUGUCGCUCCAAGUGAAAUACCUACCGAACCACCGAUGUUAGAAGAACAAUCACUUGAUGUGGAGGAAUCCAAGGCUUUACCCUUGUCAACGGAUGAAGCCGCUAAUGCGGCCGAAGCUGGGUUAGCAGCCAAUGAUAGCCCACCACAUGUGCCUGGCGACAGCAGUUCUCAACUUGAUGUGCGGUCAACAUCGAAGCAAUCUAAAAAGCAAAAGAAAAAGGACAAGAAAAAGCAAAUACCAUCGGCCAAUGCAUCAGAGGAAAUGGUUCCUGAGGCAAGUAACGUCGAGGAGAAUGCUGAGAAUACUGCCUUACCUGUUCAACAGCAAACAGAGGUUAUUGAAGAUAUCGGAGGUGGUCAAUUGAUAGAAAAGGAAGUGGACGACUUCUUAGGUGCUAGUCCUAAUCUUCCGGAGCAGGAGAAGGAUAUACCUGUUGACUCCUCGCUCGAGAUGGGUGAACCGCCCAAGGAGAAUCCAUUGCCAAUAGAUGCUGAGCAUGAGGUGCCAACUCAAUUGACGUCAGGUGAAGCGGGCCUUGUAGAGAAACAUUCGGAUACCGCAAAAGAUGCUGGGGAAAUCGAAACUGCGCAGCCUAAAAGCCUUGUUGAAGAACCCGACCUGCGAGCAGGAGAACUAUCUAACAUUGGGGAAGCUACAAAACCUGCCAAAUCCAAGAAAGAUAAGAAGGGAAAGAAAGGCAAGAAGAACCGAGAAGUGCAGCCUUGGGAAGAUGAAGCGCAGACCGCAGAACCAGCGAAGAGCCCUGAAGACCAACCCCCGAAACCUUUGGAGGACGAACGGGUCAGCAUCGAAAAUUCUUCUCCUGAAUCGCAACCUUUGGAAUCCCUUGGCGAUCAGCCAUUAGGUGCCGAUAAUGCUUCCAUGGAUGCCACGUUCGAGAAACCAUUGACAGCCAAGGAAAAGAAAAAACGGAAAAAGAAUCGAGGGUCAUUAGCUAUGGAAGAGGAAGCCCAGGUCACUGAAUUGUCGGUUGAACCUGUUACGCCUAAAGACGAACCUGGGCCCUCAGGUACCCGUUCAUUGGAAUUGGACAUUGAUGACGGGUACAAAGAAUCCCAACCUUCCGAACCCUUGAGCGAUCAGCCAUCGGCCAUCGGUAAGACGCCAACGGAACCCCAGCCUCUUGAAUCCUCGGGCGAGCAGCCUCCAGGCCUUGAUAAUAGUCUGACUGGGCGUGAGCUCGUGGAAUCAUCGAACGAGCAGGCCUUGCCUGUUGAUGACAUUACGAUAGAAUCUCAGCCCUCAAGAGUCUCAGUUGAGGAGCCACUCGAAGCUGCAGCAGAGCCCCAGGUUUCGGAAGCUUCAAGGGAGCAACAGCCAGUGGACGCGGAUAGUUUUUCCAAGGAGCCAUCUCUCGAAAAAACCUUGUCAGUGAAGGGGAAGAAAAAGAAGAAGAAGAAGAAUCAGUCCCGGGAUGAUGAACCUCAACCCAUAGCGGCAGCCCCUGUCGAGGAUUCACUCGCAGAACCUCAAGAGGAUAAACCGUCAGGGCCCCAGGAGGAGGAUAAACCGUCAGCGCCUCAAGAGGAGGAUAAACCGUCAGCGCCUCAAGAGGAGGAUAAGCUGUUAGAGUCCCAGCAAGAUAAGCCCUUGGAGUCCAUGGAGGACAUGCCGUCAAUGUCUCAGCUCGAUACCGCCGCAGAGUCCGCUAAGGAUCAACCCUCAGGCAUUGACAAUACAGCUUUGGAAACUUCAAUUGAAAAGCCUCUCACAGCCAAGGAAAAAAGGAAGAAGAAAAAGAAAAAGAACCAGUCAAUGCCAUCGGAUGGUGAAUCCCAAGUUAUAGAAACACCAGCUCCCCUAGAAGAUCCACCUGCAGAAUCUCUGGAUGAUAAGCUGUCGGAGCCCCAGGAGCAUGGGCCUCUCGAACCGGUGGAGGAUAAGGACCUUGAAUCUCAGCAGAAUCAGUUCUCGGAGCCCCAGGAGGAUAAAUCUGCACAUCUUGCGGAGGAACAGCCUGCAGAGACGGUGGAGGACAAACCCGCUGAGCUUGUAGAGGAACAGCCUGCAGAGAAAGUGGAGGACAAGUCUACUGAGUUUGUGGCAGAGCCGCCUAUUGAGAUUGAGGAGGAUAUCCCUGCUGAGCUUGUAGAAGCACAGCCUACUGAGAUUGAGGAGAAUAUCCCUACUGAGCUUAUAAAGGACAAGCCUACCGAGCCUUUGGAGGGUACUCCUGCUGAGCCUGUCGAGGAUAUUCCUGUUGAGCCUGUCGAGGAUAUUCUUGUUGAACCUGUCGAGGAUAUUCCUGCUGGGCCGGUCGAGGAUAUUCCAGUUGAACCUGUCGAGGAUAUUUCUGCUGAGCUUCCGAAAGAUAUUCCUGUUGAGCCUACCGAGGAUAUUUCUGCUGAGCUUGCGGAGGAUGUUCCUACUGAGCCUGUCGAGGAUAUUUCUGCUGAGCUUGUGAAAGAUAUUCCUGUUGAGCCUAUAGAAGGUAUUUCUGCUGAGCUUGCGGAGGAUGUUUCUACUAAGCCUGUGGAGGAUGUUCCUGUUGAGGUUAUAGAAGCACAGCCUACUGAACCUGUGGAGGAUAUUCCUGCUGAGCUUGUGGAAGAUAAGCCCGCAGAGGUCAUUGAGGAACGGCCUGACCUUGUAGAGGCGCAGGUUUCAGGCAUUGACAAGGCUACUACAGAAACGCCAAUUGAAAGGCCACUCACUGCUAAAGAAAGGAAAAAUAAGAAGAAGAAGAAGCAGGGUCAGUCGUUGCCCUUGGAAAAUGAACUUGAAACCACGGAAGCGCCAGCCCCUCUUGAGGAUCUACCCACUGGCCCUCUAGAAGAUCAACCCGUUCUGGAAACGCCAACUGCAAAACCUCUUACAGCCAAGGAAAAGAAAAAGCAGAAAAAGAAUCAAAAGCAAAAGUCUUGGGACGAGGAACCCCAGUCCAUAGAAGCAUCAGCAACACCCGAAACUCCUCUUGCGGAAGAUCUAACGGAUCAAGCUUUGGCAGCCGAUACCACCCCGGUGGAAGAGGCCCUUGAAAACCCGUUGUCAGCGAAAGAAAAGAAAAAGAAAAAGAAGAAGGGCAAAGAACAGAUGACUUUGGAGGAUGAGCCUGAACCUAUAAAAGAGGUACCACCGCCAUCCGAGAGUCUCCCUAUGGAGCCCCUGGGCGACAAGGCUUUGGAUAUCGAUACAACGGUAGAAGAAGCUCCUGAAAAACCGCUGUCGGCAAAGGAGAAAAAGAAGAAAAAGAAAAAGAAUCAAGAAUCUCUUCCGUGGGAAGGCGAACCCGAACCUAUAGAAGCAUCACCACCUCCAGAAAAUGCAGCUGUUGAGCCUUCAAGUCAGGAGGCUCUAGGCAUCGAGAACGUAUCGAUAGAAACCCCCUUUGAGCAACCUUUGACUGCCAAGGAAAAGAAAAAGGCGAAAAAGGGCAAGAAAUCAAAGCAGGCAUUGGACUGGACGGACGAGGUACCUCAGGCUUCUCAGGACGCUAAAGAUGCCCAACCGGAGACGCCAGUCCCAACCGGCCUUGAUGUUUUACCAGAGCCUACAUCAGCCAUGGAACCUGUGCCGGAAGGGCAUGCUAUGGAACAACAGCACGAAGAUCAAACAGGGCAGACAACCGAGCCCCGUUCGAUCGACCAAGGCACAGAUGAUAUGGAUGUCGACCGACCAGAUGCUAUCACAACUGAGCUCGGACGUGACGGUGGUGGUGAUAGUAGGAUUGGUAACCCAGACGUGGACGGUAAAGAAUUUCAGCUCUCUAAAUCUAAGAAGAAGAGUAAAAGUAAGAAAAAGGCUAAAGUUUCUGGUUGGACUGAUGAAAUUCCGCCUACGCAGGUUGACAAUGAACCUGCAAUCCCUCCCAUGGAGUUUGAGCCCCAGCAGCGAUCGUUAUCUUUCAAUGAAGAACCUCCCAAAGAAUUUGACACAACUACCGAUGCCCCGGAUCCUUUAUUACGAAAUGUUCUCCCAAGCAAUUCUCCAGCUGUCCCCGCGGAAUCGAAGCUAUCAGACUCCUUGAACGACUUUGAUGUACCCCCCAUGGAUGACAUAGCCACCAUCGAGGACCCAACAUCCACUGCCGAUGAUGAAGUUGCUAAUGCCGGAACAGUCCCUCUGCUAGCAUCAUUGGAGGAAGCCGUGGAGCCAGAAGAAAACUUGGACGAAACGGUCAAAGAAGGUAUUGAAACGCCCAAGGAAGUAAAGAGCACCGGACCCGGGCAAUCUCUCGAUGAUGGGACUGAAGAAAAUGCCCAAGAGAGCGCCGCUGAGAAUCCUGCCAAUGAAAUAUCACCUGAUGAGAAUAAAGACUUAACAUCAAUCGGUCUAGGGGAUACUCCUAUCGAACCUUUGCUACCUGAGCCACAAGAACAAUCGAGCUCCCCACCUCCAUCGCUCAGCACGCAUGCAUGGCCCUCUACCGAAGAUCAGUCCGAAAUUUUAACUGCAGCAAAGGGACCAUCAGACGAGACUUGCGGUGAAUCCAUGGCCCAGCAGGAACCAAUGGCCAUCGGGGAAGAAACGGCGACCCUGGAAUCUGAGCCCACUGACCUCAUGGAAUGCAAAGAAUCUCAUGACGACCCAGUCCUAGAUCAACCCCCAUCCACCGAAUUCUCCCAUUCUGCGCCAACAGACACAGUCCCUGGUGAGAUCAUGGAAGAGACUCUGUUUAAGGAUCCAAAGCCAGAACCAGAUUUAUCUCUUGACUCCCCCAAACAACCAAUCCCCGAUGCCCGCCAUUAUUCAGCCUUCCCCCUUGACAACGCUCAGGAAGAAAUUCCAGCGAGUCCUAUUCCUCACACCGAAAUGGUCACUGACGAGCAACCAUUCCAACAUGGCGGAAAGGGUAAGAAGAAAAAGGAUAAAAAGAAGAAGAAGGCUGUUGUAUUGGAGGAAGAGGCCCCUGCUGCCCCCGAAAUGCCAGAGAGCAGCAUGGAAAGGCUACCUGAAGAGCCUAACGUUCUGGAGCCAGCCAUUGUUGAUCCCGAAACACCACCGCCCCGGACCCUGUCCAAGAAAGAACAGAAGGCAGCCAAGAAGAAGGGCCGAAAAGCUUCAGUUGAUGUCCAAGAAGAGCCCUCCAAGAACGAUACCGAGGAGCCCAGUCUAAUUUCACGGGGGCUAGAUAACGUGGCUGAUGUUGACGAGGAUACAAAUUUCGACAAAGCAGCCAUUGCACCCAUGCCUGAGGGAUUAGAUGGGCUUGCUAAAAGCUCAACCAACGAAUUGGAAGAACCCUCUGCUCUAACGGACACGUCCGUUGAUCCAAUCGCGGCAGCGGAGGCCUCUCAGCCAACCUCACGCUCACUGGAUGACAAUUCUGCCCCGUCAGGAGUCCCUACUGCAACGACGGAAACGAACGACGAAUUUGCAUGGGGGGGUUCCAGCUCAACGAAAAAAUCGAAAAAACAAAAAAAGCAUGGUAAAUCUGUGAUGGCUUCGCUGGUAGAGCCUGAUGUUUCCAACGAUGCGACAGGAACUGAACCGGGAACAGAACGAGGAAAUGAAGGGGAGAAAGAAGAGAUUUCGCAGGAACCUAUUGUAUCGGGACGAUCCUCCAAGAAAAGCAAGAAAAAGAAAAGGAACGUUUUCGACUCCACGAGAGGCGAUGUUGACAAUUCGAUUGAAGAAGAAAAGAAAGAAAUCGAGCAGCCUACCACGGAACCCCCCGUAGCUGAUCCUGAGGUUGAUAUGCCUGUUGCUAGUGAGGUUGAAGCUCAUAGAGAGGAUGAGGUAUGGCCAACUAUUGACUGGGACCAAGUCCAAGAAAAUGUAUCUAAUACUAUUCCGUACCCUCAGGUUGAUAACGAACGAGAGGUGGAGACGGCGUCAUUGGAUCUACAGCUUUCAGGCGACCAUGAGGUGACGAACGAUACCCCCGAACUUCACCACCAGGACCUUCCAGACUCAGCGGCAGAUGAUAUUGGAGAUUUCAACGAAGACGCAAUACCCAGGGAUGAAUAUAAGUCGAUGGGAACGGCACCUAGCAUCCCUAUGGUUGAACAAAACCCAGAGACAAUCGACUUGGGCGAGUCGAAGGAUAUGGAUGAUCUAUACCCAGUCCAACCAACCAAGUCAUCGAUACCUGAGGCUGACGAUACUCAUAUGGAUUCGUCCCCCAAGUGGCAGGAGGUAGAAAGUCCACCCGUUCCCGAUUUGCCUCCGUCUAAGGGAGUGCAUGAUGAAACUGCGUUGACGAAAAGCGAUGGUACCCCUGAACUUGAGGCCGAUUCAGCUAUGGAGAUCGAUGAAACCCCGAAGGACGUACCCCAGGGUCCUGAUGCGCAAUAUCCUCUAGCGAUAGAGGACGACUCUAGAGAGGUGUCUACGGAGGAUUACAUCGCUCUCCCUUUCGUUGGGCAUAUGACGACCGAGGCUCACGAUUCCAAAGACCUAGCCCCAGCGUUCUCAGAUGAUAAAACCCAGCCUAUGGAGCCUAUCUCCACUGAGGAACAAGGCACGGAAGACGUAUUGAUGGGAAAGGAGUGCAGCCUGGAGCCGACAGAGAGGGUGGAAGCCGAAAAACCCGCUGACACUCCAAAGAGCUCAACGCAAGAGGAAGAAACCUGGCCAUUAAAGGAAGCCAAGGGGAAGAAGGGAAAAAAGGGAAAGAAGUCAAAAGAGAAGGGAAAGGGUCGUGAGGAAGAAAAAAACGAAACCCGCGAACUUGAAAUGGAGAUUUUACCAGACCCAUCAAGCACUGAGCCUCAAGAUCUCGCCGGACCCGCUGAAUCAACCCCAGGGCCUGCAUUGGAACCCGCCAUGGAGCCUGCAAUGGAGCCUGCAAAUGAAGAAGUGUUGAUGACGACCAAGGGGAAAAAGGGGAAAAAAUCCAAGGCUAAAAGUCGUGCUGUCGAGAAUAUUGAAUGGGCCGCACCCGAACCACAAGAUCAUCAGGAGACAGCGAAUACUCAAGAUGCUGGAUUUGAGGAUACUGUGAGAAAUCUCGAUUCGGUGCUAGAGCCUUCUACGGAGCCGCAUCAAGAGGAAGAUUUCCUACCCAAUGUUACCAAGAGAAAGGGAAAGAAAUCCAAAGACGCGAACCGACGGGAAGAGGAGACCAAAGCAGCUGAACUGGUAACAGACGAAGUCAAAGAUACACCACUCUCCCAGCUUUCCCCUGAACCCGAGGCUCCAGCUGAAAUCAUCGAGCCAACCUCAGAGCCCUUAAAGGAAAUCCCCGGCCAAGAGGAAGACUUCUUCCCAACCGCUACUAAGAAAAAGGGAAAGAAAUCUAAAGACAAGGGCAAAAAAUCAGCAAAGCCAGAGUCGACAGUCGAAACGGAACAGAGCCCCCAGGAUGCACCUCGUGAACUACCAGUUGAACCGGCGGAUCCUGUCAAAACAGUUGAGCCUUCUCUUCAAUCCCCAAACGAUUUACAGAGCGGGCAAGAGGACGACCUGCCGUCGUUGGUCGUAAGCAAGAGGGGAAAGAAAACCAAGCGAAAGGGCAAAAACCAGGCUUUCGAAGACCCUUCCCCUGACAAUGUAGACGCCCAGCUACCAACACCCGAACCUGAAUCUCAACCUCAACCUGAACCUCAUCCUAUGCCAACAGAAGCUCUGGAGGUACCUGACUGGUCCGAGCAACGUGAGUUUCCAAUUGGAGAUAGCAAUGUCGAACGUCAAGACGCAGGUUUAGUCAAUGACAAUUUGACGACUUCCAGGGAUAUGGAUAUUGAUCUACCUGAGGCUCCCGGCGAUGUUCACAAAACCAUCAAUCAGCCGGUUGAGGAUGUCCCGGUGCAAGACACGGCCGUUUCCAGGUCAAUCGAUGACUUUGAUAGCGAAACGGUGCCACCGACGCCAAAACGCUCGGGAAACGAGGAUCCAUUCUCGGUUGAAUCGAGCUCAAAGGAACGGUCCUCCGCAUUACUCUUUCACUCCUCGCCUUCGACCCGGGAUUUCAGCUACACGACCCCGGUUCGUCCUGAAAGGGAAGAUAGAUUCGAACAAUUCCCGUCCACGCCUACGCCCAAGCACUUGUACAAGUCCAUCGAGCAGGACGAGCCCCUUGAUACUCCCCACGCACUGCUCCCGACUCCCGAAAAGCUGGACGACGAGCCGAGAUCCCUUGAACUGCCCAACUCUCCCCUCGGACAGUCCAGACAGCUCGAACAGGCCAAGUCUUCCCUCGAUCCGCCGUCUCUCUUUGGCGGACCAUAUGGACUCGCCGAAAAGGAGAGAUCGGUCUCCCCCCCCAAGACGCCCCUGGCUCCGAUCAAAGAACACGCCGCGAUCUCACCACCCUUCGAGACGCCGCCAGCGCUGCCCCAGCUGACCCCCGAGGCCACCGCCAUCUACCGCGGGCCCGAGAAGAAGGACACCGUCCGUUCUGGCGCCGCCGUCGACCGCAUCGCCAGCCCGGCGUCGACUCCCCCCAGCCUGCGCCGGGUUAAAAGCAGCCGCAGCACCGACCUUAAAGCGGCGAGCCAACGUGACCUCCGGCGCGGAAGAACCCGCACUCCGUCCCCCAGCCUCCGCGCCGCAGAAGAAGCAGAAGCAGAAGAAGCUCAACUUCCGUCGUCUUCAACCUACGAUCCCGUCACCGACAAGGGCAAAGCGCCGCUGCGAGGCAUGGCCGCUGACGUUUAUGAAGGAUGGGGCGAUGUCCAGGGCACCCCGCCGCUGUCGCCUACGCGCCCGCCCAGUGUGCGCCGACGCCGCAGCUUGCAGCACCUCCAGGACCUCGAGUCCCGUCUGGACCAGCUCGUGUCGGAAAACCGUCUACUGGGCUCGUCCAAGGCCGCUGCCGAAAAGGCCAUUGAGAACCACGCCGUCGCCCAGCGCCAACAUGCGCGCGCACUGGAAGCACGUGACCAGGCGCUGCAAAACAAAGAGCUGGAGAUCCAGAAGCUGCAGAAGUCGUCGGACUGGCUUCAGAAGGAGAUAGCGAGGUUGACGGAGGUCAAUGAAGGGCUUGUGGCCGCCAGCGCCGGGUACGCUGCUUCUCGCGCCCUCGACGGCGGUGACAGCUCCAACUACAAGGAAGAAUGGGAGAAAGCGCAGCAGGAGCUGGAGAAGGCCAGGGCGCAGUACACCCAGCUAUCCUCAGGCCUGGACCAGAUAGUCAAGCACGAAGUCAGCAACGCGCUGGCCGAUAAAGAUGCCGAAAUACAGCUGUUGCGCGACAACCUAGCAGAGGCGCAAGACAAGAUCAAGGAGCUCCAGCAGCAGAUCGAGAGUGCCUCCAAAGACGACAUCCUUGUUUUCCACGAUGAAGAUUACUUUGACAGCGCCUGCCAGAAGCUGUGCCAACACGUUCAGCAAUGGGUCCUGAGAUUCUCCAAAUUUUCGGAUAUGCGCGUUUGUCGCACGACGGGCGUCCUUCGCGACGAAAAGAUUGCCGACCGGUUCGAGAAUGCCAUCCUAGACGGAACCGACGUCGACACAUAUCUCGCCGACCGGGUUAGACGAAGGGACGUGUUCAUGUCAGUUGCAAUGACAAUGAUGUGGGAGUACAUCUUCACCCGAUACCUGUUCGGAAUGGACAGGGAGCAACGACAAAAAUUAAAAACUCUCGAAAAGCACCUGUCAGAAGUCGGCCCGCCAAACGCUGUCCAUAAAUGGAGAGCCACCACAUUGACCCUUCUCUCCAAGAGACCGUCAUUCAAGGAACUACGCGCGCAGGAUACCGAGGCCGUAGUUCAAGAAAUUUACCGUACCCUUUCGAAGCUACUCCCCCCACCCCAGGAGCUAGAAAAGACGGUUCUCGACUCUCUCCGGAAUGUUAUGAGGUCGGCGGUCGACCUCUCAAUCAAAAUGCGCACUCAGCGUGCAGAAUACAUCAUGUUGCCUCCUUUGCAGCCAGAAUAUGAUACCAAUGGCGAGCUACUCAGAAAAGUCUACUUCAACGCCGCCCUCAUGAACGAACGCAGCGGCGAGACUACUUCAAACGAGGAGCUCGAAUCACAGCGUGCAAUCGUUCGCAUGGUUCUCUUCCCCCUCGUUGUCAAGAAGGGCAGCGAUGAGGGUGAUGGGGAUGAAGAGAUAGUUGUAUGUCCCGCUCAAGUCCUCGUCGCAAGGCCGCCAAAGGAUAGGAAAUCGUCAAAGGGAUUGAGCGCAGAUAGACAGAGCAUUCGAUCCGUUCAAAGUUUCCCGUCCAUCAGCAUGGACCCGAGCAACCCGAGCAACAUAAUGUGA